UUGCUGAGGUUAGUACAAAUAUUUACGAAAAAUAGUUUUCUGUAAUAGAAUUAGCAUAAUUAGUAAAUGAAAUAUACUGGAUAAAAUUAUGUAGUUUUUUAAAAUAAACUGGUUCAGUAGUUCACUACUUUUCAUUCAAUAUCCACAAUAACAGAGGGACGCGUUCAUUGACAUCCCAAGUUUUCGUUGGUCUGAAAAAGUCGGCAACAGAGCUCUUUUCUUUAACGCGGGAGAAUGGUGUUGGCAAAGGGUUUGAGGCCCGUUCAGGUGGUCUCUUUUAUAUUAUUCGUGAGAAUACUUUCUGUAUUCUUAGUGAGAACUUGGUAUGUUCCUGACGAGUACUGGCAGACCUUGGAAGUGGCCCAUAAACAAGUGUUCCACUAUGGAGAACUCACCUGGGAAUGGCAGAGGGGUAUCAGGAGCUACUUAUUCCCGAGCGUAGUUGCUGUCUUGUAUAGUAUAUUGAAGGUUACUGGCUUGGAUCACCCUGAAGCUGUGAUUCUUCUACCUAGGAUCCUACAAGCAAUACUCAGUACUGCAGCAGACUACAGUUUCUAUAAAUGGACAGGAGGUCGGAAGUGGGCUCUGUUCCUCAUUCUCACAUCUUGGUUCUGGUUCUAUACUUCAGGCAGAACACUGCUCCAGACUACAGAGACAGCUCUUGUGGCAAUCGCCUUAUCUGUUUUUCCAUUCAAGAGUGGAAAACUUGGAUAUUAUGAUAAAGAGAACACAUCAUGGAUAUGGCUAGCAGUCAUAGCUGUGUUUCUUCGGCCAACUUCUGCACCUCUAUGGGCAGUGCUCACUAUCUACAACUUACUGACAACGAACCAGUCCAAGUUGCAGUUACUGUUGAGAUCAUAUUUACCUAUUGGAUUGAUCGCUGGUAGUGCUUUAGUGGGUUUAGAUACAUACUUCUACGGAAGAGUUGUGAUCACUCCAUGGGAAUUCUUCAAGUUUAAUGUGCUUUAUGAUAUUGCAUCUUUCUAUGGAAAACAUCCAUGGCAUUGGUACUUGAGCCAGGGUCUGCCGGCCGUGCUGGGCGUCAACACAGUGCCGGUGCUGUGGGCAGCGGUCAACAUAGUUCGUCGACCCCGGGAGAACAAGACGGGGGCGCUGCUGUUGUUUGCUGCAGCUCUACACAUAGCACUAUAUAGCUUCAUCUCGCACAAGGAGUUCAGAUUCGUAUUACCGUUACUGCCCAUCCUGCUGUACCUCGCGCAGGACGCCAUCGUACCGUGGAGCAGGAAAGCUAAAAGAUGGCAGCUGUACGUGGUGGCGGCGUGCAUGGUGGUGGGCAACGCGCUGCCGGCCGCGUACUUCGGCGCCGUGCACCAGAGGGGCGCGCUGGACGUGAUGCCGCUGCUGCGGGACGCCGCCUCCACCAACCGCUCCUCCAUCGCCUUCCUCAUGCCCUGCCACUCGACGCCGCUCUAUAGCCAUAUCCACAAAAACAUCACAACCCGUUAUCUCCACUGUGAGCCUCCGUUCAACAAGCCUGGCGAAACUUACGAAUCGGAAGCCUUCUUCAACAACCCUCUCCGGUGGUGGAGGAAUGAGUACUCCAGUAGACAGACACCAACUCUGGUCGUACUCUUCGAUACCCUUAAAGGGAGAGUAGAAAAUAUUCUGAGUGGAUAUCGGUUGUUGCAUGAGAUUCCUCAUACACAGUUCCCAGAAGGAGAGGUCGGUGAGAAUGUCUUGGUGUAUCAGAAAAUAGAAAGUCAACCUAAACCGCCGGCUGACGAAGUUGUUUAACUAAAACCUCACCAGACUCAUAUCACAGUUAUACAAUCGACACAGUUAAGAAACGCCCUUAAUGUCAGACGACAUGGCCACCUAUGAAGGUAUUUACGGUAUCAGUAUUAAAAUUAAGCAAUCAUUUAUUUACCUAAUUACACUAAUGGCACACAUGAAAUUACAUUAAAAUUAGUAAAAUUGACAUGUUGUUGGUUUAUCACUAUGAUUUGACAUCUACGCUAUGUUGCAACACAUAACUAAAAAUAUACAAGAAACUACUCUGAGGGAUAAUUUAAUUGAAAUGAAAUGACCAUAAAUAAUGAUUUUCGUAUAACUUUCUCGCGAUGUUCAAAGUCGUCCCGCCCUCAGUUUUUGAGUGAGCAAACAAAGUGCGAUCUUCUUGAGAUCCCCGGCGCUAGCUACUGUACAUUCGUUUUCUAAAUUGUAUGGAUUGUAUAACUGCUUAUACCUAACAACUUUGUACACAGACGAUGAACUUGUUUACUAGAAAGGUAAAUUUGAAUCAGAAUGUUUCUUCCGUUAAAACAAUAUGUCAUCUGGUGAAGAUUCUAUUUCUUACCAAUCCGAUAGUUUAAAAUAACGAAAUAGUUAGAUUUUAAAUUGAUUAAACAUGAGAUGGGCGGUAUUACGAAUUAUAUAGAUGGUUGUUCAUCUGUCUACAAAAGUAAUAAAAAAUAUAUACAUUUGAACACAUAGAUACAAUUUUUUGUUAAUUAAAAUUUUACUUUGUGAAAAAUAUUGCCAUACUCUGUUGUGAAUCAAUAUUUACCUUAAACCUGUUAAAAACAAUUCUCAUGUUAGCAUGGGAGCUAUGUAUUAAUUAUGAUAGUAUUUUUGUGUUUAAUUUUGAUAGAAACAAAUAAUGUGAAGAAUACAGUGAAUUAUGUAAGACAGGGUUGCUGUAACACAAAAUGAAAAUGAAUCGCUCGAAUUCAGAUUUGAUAGAAACGCAAUGAUGGGAGUUAUUUUCCUAGGAAAUGUGUUCGAUUUAGUAAUUAUAUAUACAAUUUAAUGUAAUUUUUAAUAUGUAAGCGUGGAAAUUAAAACAAAAAAAAAUGUAAUUAACUUCUUGAGCGCCACUUCUAUCCUCAUACGAGAUGCUCCAAGUUCGGAAAGCUUGUUGGCAGUGUAUCAUUAACCUUCGACAUGCGCCAGUAAUGACAUGAUGAAUGAAUUUGAUUAGAUUUGAAAAAAAAAAAGCUUUUUGAUUUGAUUUGAUUUGAUUUGCUCAGGUAUGCCCCGCUACCUCUCACAUACCAAAGGUUAAUAUUGUCUGAACUGAAUUCCUUUGAAAUUAUCAUUUUUUUUAAAAAAGACUCACAGUGAUGCUCAAUAAGUUACUCUUUUUUUUAAAUUUAUGAGUUUGUUUAAUUUUAAAUUGUCAAUUUAAUGUCGAAAUGCAAUAAUGUUUGUUCUUCCAAUAUUAUGUACAUGAUAAUUAAAAUUGAUAUGAUCUUUUAGAUAAUUACUUUUAAUUAUUAUCGAUUUACAUUAUUCAGAUUUAUACGUAAUUUAUUGAACAUUAGAUUUAUGGAUUGACUUGAAGCUUAAAGCGAGCUAAUUUGAACAUAGAAAUGGACAUGGUAAAUAUUAAAUUUAAUAUAAUUUCACAAAUGUAUCACAAAAGUUAGUUACUCUGAUUUGAUAAUAAAAUAUACAGGAUCCGUGACCCGCACUGCAGUGAUGCCAAAUUGAGUCGCACUACAUAAUAUCAAAACCUAUUGAAUUCUCAUUUAGUAAUCCAUGCAUUUAAUAAUUAACCUAAUAUAUUUUUAUCCAUGACUGAUAAUUGCAUAUCGCAAUACAAAAUAAUAUGUUAAUAUUAUUAUAAUAUAUAUGUAGCUUGCCAAAGUUGUUUCUUUGACUAAUGUUAGUUCUCAGUGGCGUGCAUCCAUGUCGUGUAUCAAUGUAUCGAUUUAAUAAAUUUAAAAUGAAGUCGUGUCUAUAAAGAUUAUUUCUGCGAAACAAAAACUUCAUUCGGAUGAGAACAGGAAAAUAUAUAUAUUUUAUAUUUUUGUUUCUUUCUCAACCGAAGAAUCUCAAAUCAAUGUAAAGAAGAGUCGUAUGCUCCCAUAGACACGCCACUGAUUAUGUUAUAGACAAUGCCGUUUGAAAGUUGGUAACAUUGUAAAAAAUAAAUACCUCGACCACCGAAUUCAAGCAUCAUAAUAGUAAUUAGAUUGCGCAUUAACUAACCAUAAUUAUUUUAUUUCAUUUAUAUGGUAGGGUAAGCCGGACUUUUAUUGGUACCUCCCAGUGAUUGAAAUGUGGCGUGAAUGCAAAUGUUGUAAAUAUCUGUUGAUAAAACGUUAAAUAUCAAAGCGAAUGAUUACAAUUUGUUUUUAUAAAUUCUGAGAUGUUGAUAUAAGCGGAGUUUAUUACUGGCCAAAUUACAAUAGCUAUAUUUCAGUGCCAACUAUUAUACUAGAUUGUACUAGAACGUUUGUGCCAAUUAUUGUAUAGUUUACCCUACCCACAUUUUAGGAUAAGGAUAAUCAAUUUGGUUUCGUCGAAAUUUUAUAUUUCUAACUUUAAUUAAAUAAAGGGUUUGUUUUAAAUUUAGUAAUAUUCUCUUGACAACUAUGAAUACUUGAAAUUCAAGAUAUCAUUUUUAAUACUACCAUUUGAAAGAAAAAAAAAAUUGGAAUAUGCAUAUCACUUAUGCUUGACGUCCAUUUUACUACUUAGUAUUUCGAUAUCUAUAAAAAAGCCUUAUAGUAAAAUGUAUUGUUAAAAUAUAAUAACAAUAAUGAUUUAAAAAAAGUUUUAUAUUUAUUGGGUUAAAAUAUGUCAGAGGCUCUUGCCUAGCAGUCCCAACUCAUAAUGAGUAUUGUGUAGUAUGCAGUAAACAUUGUUUUAUUUUUAAUUACUCCUUUCCGGAGAUUAAUUUGAUAUAAGUUUUUUGUUUCUUCAAAACUAAAAUUUAGAUUAAUUUACUAGAUUUAUAUAAGGAGAUGCUCAAAAUGUAAGACAGUAGAUUCUUCUUUACACAAAGCAGAUCUCGUGCUAUUUAAACAUGAUGGAUGACCUUUUAUAUUCUAAAUAAAAUGAAAAAACAUUGAAAUUGAUCGAUCGUAGAGAAUCUAAUUUUACUCUAGCUUUGUGUAGAGGCGUUAUUACUCUACAGUAUUUUAGAUGUCAAUAGAAAAAACCUUUCUCCUCCUUUAAUUUUUUAAAUGUUUUUUUUUUUAUGUCAUUAGCGUUUUCAUACUAACAAUAUUUUUUUCUUAAUAAAUGUUUUAUUUAAGAUGUUGUAACAA